AUGCUGCUGCUACACCAGGUCGGCAGCGUCAAGAUCGGCGAGGUCGUCCGCUAUACCGUCACCUACACCCCUUCGCAGGACCGCAUCCUGCCCUCGCCCGAGACGCUCCACGUCCGCAUCCGCAACACCUCGACCAUUGCCCUGCGCGCCGCCUUUGUCCACGGGCCCUACACCCUCUCAGUCUCGGCCCACCCUGCCGGCUUCAGUCCAAACGUCAAGUUCGACAACCCCCGCCGCUAUGGCGUCCCCGCAUUCGAGCCCAUGCUCAAGGCCGGUGGCUCCUGGCAGUGCGAGCUCGUCGUCCCUGACGAUAUUCGCCAAGCCGCCGGCACCGGCAGCCAUGGUGCUUUCGGCAACGGCCCCGACCACGACCGCGAAUCCGCCACAUGGGUCAUCGAGGUGACGUCGCAGGUCAUCUUCUCUACCUCGGCCGCCGUUGGAUACGAACUCGUCGUCGCUCGCGACCCAAAGUCGCUCAACCUCACCCAGCCGCUGCCUGUCGUUGGCAACCAGAGCCAGGUACCCCAACCGGGCAAGGUGAGCGACCACCAGCAGAGCAUCGGCGCCAAGGACGGUCACCACCCGGCCCAGCCAAAGGGCGUCUUCUCGCGCGCCAUACAUGUCAAGGUCGAGGACACUGCCACGCUUUGGAACACCCCCAGGCUACCCGGCUGGGACGAUGCCGGCAACGAGAGAGUCGAGAACCGACGCGGCGCCGACAAGCCCGUCGAGAGCAUGGUCAAGACGGGGGAUCCAGAGACGACAGACAAGAAGAUGAGCCGCAAGCAGGAAAAGGUUCACCUCGUCAUUCUCACCCAUGGCCUGCACAGCAACCUCGGCGCAGACAUGCUCUUUCUCAAGGAGAGCAUUGAUGCUGCGGCCAAGCAGGCCAAGAUUGACGCCAAAGCCAGGCGAGCCGCGAAGCGACAAGCCGAGGCUGAUCGCUCCACGUCGCCCACGGGCUCAGAUGGCCAACCCAAGGAAUCUCCCGACAACGGAUCUCGGUCAGCCGACGAGAAGCAAGACAAGCGUGACGACGAAGACGACGAAGAAGUCAUUGUGCGAGGGUACUCUGGAAAUGCCACAAAGACAGAGCGAGGCAUAAAAUAUCUGGGCAAACGACUGGCUAGAUACGUCCUGUCCAUAACGUACCCGGACCAACCAUUCUUUCCCAUUGGCAAAGGCGCCGGCGAAGGCUUUGGCGAGGGCUUCAAAGGAGAAAACCCCCCCCAUCUACACCAACAGACGGCCCACGAAUUCAGGCAGGCGCACAAACACAGUACCAUACAAACAGAUACCAACCGAGAGCAUCGGAAAAAGCAGGAGCGGCAAUACAAAGUCACCAGCAUCAGCUUCGUCGCCCACUCCCUGGGCGGUCUGGUCCAGAUGUACGCUGUCGCCUACAUCCAGAAGCACUCUCCUCAGUUCUUCGACCUCAUCAAGCCCAUCAACUUUAUUGCGUUGGCGACUCCCUUCUUGGGUCUGAGCAACGAAAACCCCCUAUACGUCAAGUUCGCCCUGGACUUUGGCCUCGUGGGCAGAACCGGCAAGGAUCUGGGGCUGACGUGGAGAGCGCCCACGAUUGCGCGGAGCGGCUGGGGCGCCAUAGUCAGUAACCUUGGCGAGUCGGCGCACAAGAAGAUGUACGGCGAAAACCAGGCCGAUUCGAAGCCGUUGCUGCGGAUCCUGCCCACGGGACCAGCGCACACGGCCUUGAAAAAGUUCAGAAACCGUACCGUCUACUCCAACGUCGUCAACGACGGCAUCGUCCCGCUCCGCACAAGCUGCCUGCUCUUCCUCGACUGGCAAGGCUUGGGGCGCGUCGAAAAGGCCCGGAGAGACGCUGGCCUGGUGGAGACGGUCGUUGGGUUCGGGUGGGCAGAGCUGACGGGUGCUAACAUGGUGAACCCUCGGCACCGACAGUGGGCCACCGACGAGCAGACGAUAGAUUCGGGAACCAGCACACCGCGGGAGUCUAUGCGCCAAGUUCCUCAGCCGGGGAAUAAUGCCAUGAGCGAGGAUGAUAAGGCCAGCAUUCGCUCGGUGCCGACACCGUACAAGGAGGAACCUGGAUCUCCGUUCACGGCCAGCGAACCCAACUCUGCAGGGCCACUUGCCGGCUUCUUCAACCUCUUCAAGAGCAACGAGCCACCCAAGGAGCAGCCCCUGUCGCAGAAACAAAAGAGGAUACUCCGCAGAGGCCAGACGAUGCCUCUGGACCAGGCGCCCUGCAGUGCACCCAGCUCCAGCGCAUCGGACGAUUCAAGCAAGCCAGCCAAAGCUACCUCUGGGAACGAGUUGGGUGAGGCGCUCGAGAGUGUGUUGGCUCCGCCGAAGACGACCUUUUUCGAAUCGGCCGGCGACCUCCUCAACCCCGGCGUCCCCAACGUCGAGUAUCUCAUUGAUCCGACGAAGCGGCCGCGGACAAUUUUCCACGACCGCGUCUACCACCCAAGCGACAUACCACCCCCGCCCCCGAAGAAACGGCAUUCCUCGUUGAUUCGUCGCAAGACAUCACUUAAAGGGUCGUCAGAGUUGCAGCAGUCGGCGAACGGUAGCUCGUCGCCCGGCCUGCCUCCGAACCACGAGGACUCGGGCAGCGUGGCGAAGAAGCACGCCAAAUCGGCAAACUCGAGUCCCGAAAGAGGCUCCGGCGAGACGGCUGACGUGUCUAACAUUCGCGUCGAGGAGAAAAUUGCCAGAGGCUAUCACCGGGACCUGGCUUGGCGCAAGGUGCUCGUCAAGCUGGAGCCCGAUGCCCACAACAACAUCUGCGUGCGGCGCAUGUUUGCCAACGCCUACGGCUGGCCCGUCGUCAACCACCUGGUCGAGGCCCACUUUAGCGACUCCGCCGUCGCGCGCAUGCGGACCGACGACGAGCACCUCGGCGAGCGAGCCCUCGACAUGGGCCACCCGCCAGACGAGCACGGCGGCGAGACCAAGGAGGCGCCGUCUCAGACAAAGCUCAGCAUGCCGGCGGCGGCUUCCCCCACGGCUGCUGCUUCGGACACGCACACCGAGAUCGAGGCUCGCGAGGCCCUCGACGAAGUCCCCGAUCUGCGUAAGCGGCACAACGGCGACGCGCCCGGGGCGUCGCCGCGCUCGUUUGGCCCGCCCGAGAGAGCCGACUCGGUGUCGUGGAGCGAGCGGGACUGGAUGGACAGCGACAACGAGAGCGACACGGACUUCGGGGGCGACGCCAAUGAGCACAAGCAGGGCCAGCCGGGUCCGCAGCCGUCGUCUGCGUCGUCGUGGAGCUGGACGGAGAAGAUUGUCGGCAGGGGGGCAAGGGGCCGAGGCGAUAGCCCCAAGGGGGGGGAAGGCGGCAAGAAAGUGGCUUAG